GUGGACAAUCUACCUGAAGGCUAGGAAAUAGUUUCUAUGACAGCCUCCAUUGGACUUACAAUUCAAUGUUGCCACGCUCUUAUACCCAGUCACACCGAGUAGGCUGGCAAGAUGGCCACCCAUCCACCCAAACGACAAUCUAGGGGCAAGGACGACGACGGCUCACCACUGACGACCCCGCGACGAACGAAAAAGACCAAGAAUUACGCUGGAGAAGAGUCCGAGGAAGGUGCUACGGCCCAGGGAAAAGUCAGAAUACGAGUCACCAGGGCCUGCAACGAGUGUCGAAGACGCAAAGACCGCUGUGAUGGGAUCCGACCCUCUUGUAAUUCGUGCCUAAGCAUCGGACGUAGCUGUAGCUACGGACCUGCGAAGAAACGCGGCUUGCGUACGGGAUACGUACGGGCCCUCGAACUUCUCCUAGGAAUGAUAGUCAACACCAUUGACGACGCUGAUGAAUGGCUGACUGCAAUACUCGAGGGGGAAGACCGGCGGCCCAAAUUUGGGUUACGGGAUUUGAGUCUGCUUGCUAGCUCCAACACGGAUGUCACUGAUACACUUGCGGAUUCCUGGAGGACGAGCCAAACCUGGAAGAAAAUUGAGAGACUUCUAUCUGUUGACGAACCUGCAGACAGCCUCGAAGACGGCGAAGCCUUCAAGAAGUUUGAGUCGGGCAUAAAAGAGGCCAUCAAGCUCGCAGCAAAAGUCUCGGCAGACCAGAUCUCGACUGUCGACAAUGGUUUGGACAUGAUAACCCCCACAUACACCAACAUCAGCCAAGAUGACUACUCGCCGGCUGGAACAAUCACUCUAGGGAAACAAGAUGUUGACUCGACUCUGUCACUUUAUUCGUUUCACCCAACUUUCCCAAAGAACACCUUGACCAUGCCGCAGGUCCCAACACCACAACACCAUGUCUGCACUCCGGGAAUGCCUCCAAAUUGGGCGCAGCUCCUGGACAUCUACUUUGCCAACACGCAUUCGUGGCUGCCCAUGGUACAGAAGCACGAUCUCUUGCGUUUAGUGUAUCUCAAGGCCAACAGCGAUAAAGAUACCAAUACAUCGCCUGUGAUCGGGAGUGGGGAUCUCUGCUUUAUCUGGACGGUCAUGGCCUAUUCUUUGCGACAGUCUGGAUCGUUGGACCUUUCAGAGCCCUUUCUCAGGUCGGCGACAGAUAGUCUGUCCCAGGGCAACGGAAAGCAUCAGAUCGGUCACAUACGAGCACUACUCAUCGUCACACUCAUCCGAAUGGAGCAGGAAGACAGUGGAGCUGCGUGGCUCGCAGUCGGCCAGGCUACAUAUUCAGCCGCUAUGCUAUUUCUUCCUGCAGUCGCAGACGGACCCUCGCACAAAGACGAGGGCACACGGCGAACACUGAUGUGUGUCUUUGUUCUUGACGCGCUCGUUGCAAGCUGGAUAAAGUCUCGACCAUAUCUUGACCGCUCAGACGCACAGAGGUUGGGACUACUUGCCACAGAGUCCAUGGAAGAGUGGGAGCCCUGGCAGUCAAAAGAUUUGAAUAACCAAUCUCUAACGCCGAGCCACGUACCAGGACUGGUAUUGAGCACGUUCAAUUCUCUGUUCCUCCUUGUUUGUAUUUUGAAUGAUAUUUUGAGACUCAGGAUGCAAAGCGCUAGCUACAGUCGUUGUCAUCAGAUCAUCAAGGACUUUGAAGAUUGGGGAGAGCAUCAUUCGCUAAAUCUUGGAAAUCGAAAUGAUGGCAAGACUUCGCCCCAGGAUACAAAUCUCCAUCUCGCUUGCGCCAGUAUCUCCGAAACCCUCAGAACACAGGUGCAGCGUUUGGACGGCACACAACGUGGGAUGUCGACCAAGGCACCCUGGGAAACGCUUAUUCAGGGGCAACCUCUGCUUCAACUUCUCGAGAGCACAAAGACAUUCCGCAUGCCUCCGACAACAAUCGUUUUUCUUAUCAGCCUUGAAAUCGCGUGCGACUGCCAUUUGAGUAGCGAGGGACUCGCAAGACCUCCUAGAGAUUCACAACUUCUAAAGGCUGCUUUGACGGAUGCCAAGAACAGGGAGUCCCUUAGAAACAACCCUUCCCCGACAUCUGACAGUGAAAUCGACCUGAUCGAGCCAGUCACGAUGGAAGUCAUCCCAGAUUCUACACCAGUGCAUCAAUCGGACCUUCAGCCGUUUCAAUCCGAAGCGCAAGUAAGCUUCAGUCAGCUGAUGGAUACCGCGACAGAGAGUAUCGGCGACGAACUCUUUCUGAGCCUUGCCGAUCUCGACUCAGCCGACUGGUCGGCAAAUCCGCCAGAAUUCAUGCGGCAUCUCGGAGUUGUAGGCAACAUGGCGACGGACAUUCAGUCUUUCUUUGACCAAGAGCCCGGUUAAAGCAUGUUCUUGCUCGGACGGAAACGAUUGAAUCAUUCAGAAUUGCGGGAAUGCGCAGUAGAUACCAUUGGAACAGACCGGAACUACGCUUAGCCGCCCACUCGAACUGCCAUCUUUGACAUCACCCGCGUUCGGCACAGCUGACGUCAAGUUACCA